CUUAUUAUAUUGUCAGAGGAAAAAUCCAAGACAAUCCGAAUAACUUAGAUUUCUGGAAAUGCUCCCUGAAAGUCGAUGUUCCGUACUUUUUUCGUUCAGACUUUAGUUUAAAUUUGACAAGAAUUGAUGAGUUUCGGCCACAAACUUCUAUUCUAUUGCAUUUUAACUUCAGGACUGUGUGAAAUAUAAAGAGAGCGUGGAAAAUACUUAAAUUUCCCAUCAUUCCCUGUGUUCAAAAUGGAAAACCUUGUGGUAGAAGUUUGCGGGGCAAAUGGAGCAUUUUAUCAGGCACAAGUAAAAAAUGUAUAUGAUGAUGAUGAAGUCCUUGUUACAUUUGAAAACAACUGGCAGCCUGACCAGAGAGUUAAAUUUGGUAAUGUACGCUUACCACCUAGUGACCAAUCAAAGAAAACAGAUUUUAAGGAAGGAGAGAUUGUGGAGGUUUUAACCCGAACCACAGAAAGUGAACAAUGUGGGUGGUGGAAAGCCAAAGUCAAAAUGUUAAAGGGGGAAUUUUGUGUGAUAGAAUAUAUUGGAUGGGAAGGUUCAUCAUAUAAUGAUAUUGUUCCACUGGAUCGUAUUCGUUCUCUUAACCAAAGUGCACCAUUUAAAAACAGUUUCUUAAAGUAUUCCAUACCCAUACCAGAAGAUCUGAGAGAAAUUUGUUGUGAAGAAAAUGCACAUGCAGAAUUCUUAAAACAUUGUGGCCCAUCCUCUAUUAUAUAUAACGAAACAGAGUGUUCAUUAGUUGUAAUUUCUACCAGUGAAGGUGUAAUAAAGAAAGCCACAUUGUUGUCAGAUAUGCAUUUAAAAAAUUUACGUCAGAAAUUAUUAUUAAAGCAAAGAACAGAUGAGGCUGUUAAAAGAUUACAGAGUUCAAAAGUACGAUCAGGAUAUAUGGAGGAAUUUACGGUACGAGAAGAUUUAAUGGGAUUGGCUAUAGGUUCACAUGGUGCUACUAUACAACAAGCUAGACAUGUUGAGGGUGUGACUGGAAUAGAAUUAGAUGAGAAAUCAUGUACUUUUAAAGUAUAUGGUGAGUCACAGGAAGUUGUAAAAAAAGCAAGAGCCAUGUUAGAAUAUGGGGAAGACACAUUACAGGUGCCAAGGGAAUUAGUUGCAAAAGUAAUCGGCAAAAAUGGCAGAAAUAUUCAAGACAUUGUUGAUAAGUCUGGUGUUGUUCGGGUUAAAAUAGAGGGGGAUAAUGAGGCAGAAGUGCCAAGACAAGAGGUAAACACUGAUGAUGUAAAAGGACAAGUGCCUUUCUUGUUUGUUGGAACAAUGGAAAGCAUAGGAAAUGCUAAAAUUUUGUUAGAGUAUCAACUAGAUCACUUAAAGGAAGUAGAAAAGUUGAGACAAGAGAAGUUGGAAAUAGACCAGCAGUUACGAAAUUUAUCUGUCUCACAACCAGGGCCAUACUUCCCACCACCAAGAGAAAGGAGAAGUAGUAAUAAUGAUCCUUACUCUGAGGAGAGAGGUAGACGAGGAGGACCUGGUCGAGGAAGAGGACGUGGAGCUAGACGAUGGGCGAAUGAAAGACGGGGAAUGAAUUCUGGUGACGAAUCUUUAUCCCGUCCAAUAGGUGAUUGGUCCGAGGAAGUAGCUGAGGAGGAACGACAGAGAGGUUACAAUACAGAUAGUGUCCUCUCAGGGAGACAACGUGGACGUGGUCGAGGGAGAGGACGGGCAUAUCCAUCAUAUAGAAUGUCAGAACCAUUCAACAGAAGACAACCAUACCAAUAUCAUUAUGGACCAGAAAGUUCUUAUGACACAGAUGAAAACCGAGAUUACUCCCGUCGACGAAGAACUGAUGAUGAUGAUACAGUAUUAGACAAUGCUAGUGUUACUAGUCAAGAUCAAGACAGCCAAUCAGGUCGAGAGAGAAGGCCACCAGAGAGAAGAAGAAAGAGAAAUAAUAGAAGAAGUCGUUAUCCUGGUAAUGGUACAGACACAGGAACAGAAACCGAUACUAGUGCUUCAAAUUAUCGUGGUGCUCCAAAUAAACUUCAGUCAGCCCCAACACAAACUGUUAAGUCUGAACCAUCUGCUAAUUCAUCAGACAACAGGGCAAAUGGUAAAAAUAGUACAGGAAAUGGUGGCUCGCAGGCAUCAUACUCGGCUCCUAAAGAGCAGAGGGAGCCACGUAGUAAACCUAGUGGAGGUAGACCACCAAUGUCAGCAAAGAAUGGUGUUCGGCCCAGUGGUAGUGAAUCAGAUUCAAAAGGGGGAAAACCCAAACCAAGUUCAGCACCAAAGUCAAAAGAACCGAUGGUGAAUGGAGAAUAGUCCUCAGACUGUGAAAAGUUGAAUCAAGUCAGCCACAAGACAAGAACAGCUGACUGUGGCUUUCUCCUCCCAUUCAUGACCCCCUGAAAUUACGACUUUACUACUGAUGUUGAAAUGUUAAUUUGAUUCAUACAUCAAAAUUUGUUGAAAUCUCAAAUAUGAAAAAAAAAAUGCUGAAUUGUAGCAAAUAUAUUACUUAAUUUUAGACAUUUGAUAUCAUUUAUUUGUGAUUAUGUGUUUUAAUAAUGUUGACAAAAUAUUUGUUAACACCUUUUUAAAAUGUACAUGUUAAAUCAACUGUUAGGGCUGUCAGAUAAAACAUGCAUGAUACUCCAACAUUAAAAAUUGAUUAAUUACCAAAAAAAAAAUCCUGUAAUUAAGCACUCACUAUAAAAGUGGGUUCUCCUUAUUUGAACAAGAAACUAUUUGAUUUUUUAGUUGUUAUUUUUUGAAUUUGCUCUCUGAAUAAUGUUUUUUUUUAAUUAACUACACAAGAGUGAUAACAUUUUAUUGUAUUUGUUGAAAAUACAAGAACAUGUAUUACACAAAUUAAGAUUGAUAUCAAAUGUUUAAACCAUUGUACCUAAACUUGAGGGAAUACUUACUGGAGAUGUAGUUUUUAUCAUGUCUGAAAUUCAUUUAUUUUUUAUAACCUAUGGAGAGAGAAAGAGUGAAGAUCUCUUUAGCUUUGUACAAAAUGAAACUUUAAAAAAACUAUGCAUUUCGAACCACUAAUAGGUGUUGAGUUAAGAAAAACUUAAAAGUUUCUAUAAUGACUUAACUUUAUACUUACAUUGCUUGCUUAUUGUUGAUUCCUUCACCUAAAUAUUUAUAAAAAAAAAAUAUGUUUUUUUUCUUUCAAAUUUACACAAUUUUCUCUGUUGAGAAAGAUGAAUUCAAUAUUUUUUAGUGUGUCUGUAAAAUAUUAGAUUAAAAUCUGAUUAACUCAGUCCUAUUCUAUUGACAAAUUCCAAACGAAAAAAAUAUUUGAAGCAGUAGAUGAUAGAAGGUUAAAUUUUGGUUUAUAGUGGUGAAAUAUGACUAUUUCAAAAAGAUUUUAGUUUCCAAAUAGUUGCUUUUGAGGAAUAGAAGUAUAAUGAAUUUCAGACAUGAACUUAUACAAGGUAUUACUGUUGGCUAAUUAAGCCUUAGACAUGGAUUUUAUAUACAUAUAAACAUCUGAAAGCUAUAUUAAUGAAUAGAAACAUUAGGUUUCUAUUUUGAAUUUUUGGAAUGUAUCGUAUUAUAAUAUUGCUGACUAUUUUUCAAGAGACAAUUAGUGUGUAUUAAUGUCAUACUCCAAAUUUAUCAAUUUAUUGGUGUAGGAAAUAUUUUAGUAGUGGUCACCCUAUUAUCAAUAUGAAGUCUAUUUGUGGCAUGUUCCUUAAUACUCAAUAAUCCAUGGUUGGGAACAUAUUGAUGUCAGAAUAGGUUUGUGCACAUACAUGUAGAGAUCAUAAAGACUACAAUAUGAUACAAAUUAUGUAAAUGUUUGUAAUGAAAGCGCUUCAUACUAAAAAUAUGGCAUAAUCAAAGCUAUAACUUGAUGGAAUUAAAAAAAAAAAAGCAUUUGAUCCUAAUAAUGACAUUUAUUUGAUAUCACCAAGAAAAUAUGAGAUAUGUCAGUUUUUCGUUUGUUUUCCAUGCAUUGCUAUGACGUCUUUAGAAGCAUGUGCAGUCAUGCAAAUGUUGGAUUUCAUUGAGAAAUAAAUCUGAUUUUGGAAUGCUAGCUAUUGUAAUCAACCAAUCAAAAUAUGGAUUCUUAGACUUAUUUUUCAAAUGGUAAUUUUUCCGAGUGUGUUUCGGGUAGUACAUUGGUACAUGGUUUGCUUGUUUUAUUAGCUUUUAGGCCUCUUUAGAAUUAUAUUCCGUCCUCUAAAACUACAUCGGAGCAAGAAUUAUUCUACUUGGGGUCAUGAAUAAUCGUGUUUUGCUUGUAUAUAUUUCAUAUUGUUAAAUUAAGAAUGUUUGUAUAUAAGGUUGAUUUGCUUCAUUUGUUAUUUAUUUGUUUCCACAGAAUCAUCCUUGCUCUGCUUGUUAGAUUUACUUAUAACCCUAGAAUUAUAUUCAAAUAUAUAGAAAAACAUGUAAUCACAUUUUUAUCAAGCAUCUAUUUAUUUCACAUUAAAAAAACCCAUUUGUACCUUGAAACUAUAUAAAUCCACAACAUUCGUCACCAGAAACUAGUUUAUGCAUAAUUUUGAACGAUUACUGUUUGUAUAUUGGUAUAUGUAACCUGAUUUAAUAAAUGGUUUUUAGGGUGUUGCUAGUAGUUCACAUGUAGAUAAUUUUGUCAGAGGAUUUUUAUGAGAUACUGCAUUAGCAAGGAAAUGAAAUUUUGUAUGUGUUUUUGCUCAUUGUUGCAGAUUGUCUGGUGAGCUGUGUUUAUUUUGUUCUUUGGUCACUUGUGUUUAGUUCUUUCAUACCACAUCUCCUUAUUAUGAUAUCCUCAACAGAGUGGAGAUGACAUGUUGUUAUCUUAUGUUUUUUCCCCCUUUUUAUUAAUCUUGCACAAAUUUUUGAUGCGCUAGUUCUCAGAAUUUUAUUUAACCAUUGUUGAUGGAACUCUACUAUAAUGAAAAUGGACCCCCAUGUAAAGUUGUGCACCCGACUUUAGAAUGGUUCAAAAUGGCCACCAUUUCCAUGAAAACCAUUGUAAAGAAGAUUUAAAAAUCCAAAGAUUUUAUUAUAAGACCUUACUGGUUGAAACUUAAGAAAAUAUAACUUCGUAUGCCUAGAUUAUUUUUUAGUAUUUAUUAAAGCAGCAUUUUCUUAAAAUGGCUACCAUUACCUUGGCAAUGGGGGGAAGAGGGUGCCAUCUGAUAUUGCUCGCAAUUACUUAUCUAGUUUCUAUUUGGGUUUUUUCUUUCAAAUAUUUACUUACUGUGAAAAUUAUUAUUUUGUCUGCAGUUUAACAUCUUUUUGAGAAUAAUUUAUGGUAGACAUAUAUAUUUGGUGGUCACUUAUGGUGUUCUUGUAUGUGUAUAUAUAAUUCCUUCAACAAUUUUGUUCAUCAGAAACUAUAUUGAAUGUUAACCUGUGCAAAUUGUAUCUUGCAUGCUUUAAAAAUAUCAUUCCAGAAUGAACUAUUAGACCAAUGAUUACACCUUUUAUUUUCCCUUAUACUGAUUUUUUGUCAUUGGAAUAAAAGAAUUUAAUUUGAAAUUAUCAUUUAAAAAAAUGAUUUAUUAGAUAUCAUAACUCAAUGCGAGUACAAAUUGUGUUAAGGCUGAAUUUGAGCAGUUAUGAAAAGUUCAUUUUGAAAUAAAUCUUAAAUUCAAAUAUUCUUAAGAGGUUCAUUUUGCAAGUCAGACUCUUUACUUUCUUAAAAUGUCCCCUGCUGCCUUAUAUAAUAGAUUUCAUAUACUAGUUAUAUAUUUAUGGUUCAGGCUGAAUAAAGCAACCCUUUUCAACUUAAAAACUCAAAAGGAAGUAAAAACAAUAAAAAAUCUGUACAUUCAGGGGAAAAUAUAAUUUUGUCACUUUAAUAACACCUGCAAUUGCAUGAACUAACACAUAUAUAAGUUUUGUUAUGAAAUGCAGUUAUUUACAGUUUUGUUGUACACAAGGCAUUAUAGCAUACAAACAUUUUGGUUGUAUCAAAUUAAUUAGUAUAAAUUAAUUGUUUAUAACAGGGUAGUAGAAAAUAUUCUGUGCUACAUUUUUGUACUAUACAAAUUUUCUUUAUCCACUAAAUUGAAUUGAACUAUUUUAUUCCCUGAUAAACUUAGUAGUAUUUGUUUGAACACAAGAUGACCAUCUUAGACUGAUAGUAUUCCCAUAGUAUCAAUCAAUCACUUAAAUCAAAUUAUGUAAGAUGGCUCAUACAAUUCAUGUUAAGUUCAUCCGAGUUAUAAUCAUAACUGUUUUCAUUGGCUACAGUGCAUGUUCUUUAGUUUGAUUAACAUGAAAUCACAAAAACUGGCAGUGCUGUUAAAAUGCAGUGCAUGUAUGUGUAAAAAAACAAACAUUUUUAACUUCAAACAUGUCAAAUCAAAGAAGUGAAUUUUUUGGUUGAUGAUAUAUAAGGAAGUUGAAUAUUAAUUUCUGAUUUCUUACUAUUUUUAAUCAAAUAUUAAUGAGUUUAUUGGUAUUAAGUAAAUUUAUCGUUGAAAUCAUUGCCAGUUUUUGAGAUUUCUGUAACCUUACAAGUAUUAUGUCUUCAUUUAUGUGUAGACAUUCCAAAUUGAAGCUUUCAGAUGUUUAUACAAUGUUUUUUGCCAGAUUUGACAUUUAUUCGUACGAGUGUGAAUGAUGGUAUUUGGAAAUGUAUGCUUGUGUUUAGUUUGAAUUGUAUGCUUGUGUGUAGUUUUAAAAAUAAUAGAAGUACUUAAGAAUAAAAAAAAAACCAUAUCACAAUUUCCAUAGUUUGUGGGCUUACUGAAUUAUAGUAUGACUAUGUUGAUGCAUAAUGAUGAUUGAAAAAUACAUAGUGAUUUUAUAAUUACAUUGUAGUUUCAGAAUUUUUCUUGAUUGUGAAUAAGGAUUGCAUUGCAUGUAUUUGUUAGAUAUGCAGUUUUAUAUUGCAAGUAAUAUAGCAUGUGCUUCAGUACGUGAUGAAUAAAGCAAGUCCAAUAUGAAGUAUUUUUUUAGAUUGGUAUUGAUAUAAAAAAAUUGUCAACACAAUAUAAUUUGGAGUCUGUACACGAAAGCUUAUAACAUAGUUAAUAUCCCUUUUAGUUAAAUAUUAUCAACAAAAAUGAAUUGUGCCAAAGUAAAACAAUCAUUACAUGAGAAAACAUUCUAUCAAAGCUAAAUACAGAAUAAAGCGAUAGAUCUGGAAAAGAGUUGUGGUUUUCAGUAUAUACAAUUUCUAUCUUUAUUUGAUUAAAAUAUUGUUAAAUGUCAGGCAUUAUAAAACAUUGUCAUUAAAGUAAAUGUUGAAAAGGAGAAGGUACGAAAAGUCUAAUUUCUUUGGCCCUUUGAAUUUAUAUCAAUGGAGAAGUAUAAUGGAGAUCUAUUAAAAACUGCAUUAUUUAUAUACAUUUUAUGAAAUUGGAAAAAUUAAUCUUUCAUAUAUGUUCAUUCAACUUCAUUGUUCAAUUGCAAUAAUAAAUGUAUGAACAAAUUUCUGAAUUUACAGUACAUGUAAGUGAACUUACAGACACACAAAGUGACCAAAACUAACAGUACAUUAAGCUAUCAGUAAACUUAUAAAAUCAUAUCAAUCGACAAAAUUUUCUGUUUUAAAUGUCCUAAAUAAUGGCUGAUAUCUUACCUUCUCCUUUCUGUGUUGUGGCCUAUACAAUUUGACAUUUUCUUUUCUGGCAUAUUUUCUUCAUUGUAGGACAAUCAGGUUUAUUGAGAAUUAUUUUCUAAUCAGAUUUAGAGAAUUAAUAUAUGUUAAAAAUGACUCCUGAAUUUUCAAUAUGAACUUAGUACAAGAUGCAGAAUGUUCAAGUAAAUUGGUGCUCAGCUUUUGACUAAAAUGUUAAUCAGAAAAAAAAGUGUGUACGCUUUUUUUCCAAGAACAGAAAAUUUUAAAGUCAUGAGAUUUAAUAGUAUAUUAUAAUUACAAUAUAAUUAGUUUGAUUUUAUAUUGUGUUUUUAGUGGGAUAUAUAAAACAUGAAGGUUUGAAAUGAAAUAUUAUGACAAGUAGUUGUUAUUUUACACUUUGAAUUUCUGUAUAUAUUUAUGUCUUCUUUUCAAAUUCUGUUCAAGCAUAUUUUCUCCCAAUCCAGUUUGUAUUUCAAAGUACCAUUAAAUUAAAUUGACCCACUGGUGAAGGACAACAGUCUUAAAUGAUAGAAAAGAAAAACCUUUUUCAAAUGGCAAACCUUAUGGUCAGUGUAAUUUUAAAAACCUUAGAAAGACAUAAACAUUGGUUUAGGUAUUGCCUCUUGACUAAUUGAAAAGGUAAUAGUGUUUAUUUACAAAAGUAAAAAUGAAAUCAGACUUUGAAAGUUAAGUGCUUUCUCAUGAAACUAGAAUAUUGUUUAUAUUAAGGUAAUUACAUAUAGUUUUGACAAUGUGGUUGUUCAGAAAAUCCUACAGAAGUUUUUGUAUCAUUAUUUAGCAAUAGAAAUACUCUCUAUGUUAGCUGUCUGUUCUGUACUAUUGACACUAUGCAUAGAGGUCACAUGGUAUUGCUUUAGAUAAUACAAUUAUGUGUUAUAACCAUCAGAGGUAAGACCAUUUACAUUGGACAAGAUCUGUUUGAUUAUAAUAAUCUUUAAGUCAUCUUCAAAAAGUAAUUUGUGUGUUUUUAAAGAAGGUAUAUAUGUUCAUGUGAGUUGAAUCUUUAUGUAUUUGAUCAAUUCUAUCUUUGUAAAAUAAAGAUAUGUUUUUAUAAGGGCUUUUGAUGAAGGGAAAUGAGUUUGAUAUGUAACUUGGGUAACAACAUGAAAGUUGAUAAUAAACCUGAAAGUAUUUUAGUUAAAUAUGAUCAAGCUGAUCGUCUUGAACAUUUGUUGUUAUUAUCUAGUUUUGUAUAUUGAUAUACAUGCUGCUGUUACUUAAUUACUUUUAAAAAAAACUUUGUUCACACCUAAAGACCUGAAUAAAUGAAAAAUGGCAAUA